UAAACUUGAACUCUCUGAUAAUGGCUGAAUCGCAAGAAAUCAUAUUUUCACAGUACGCUCAAGAUCCUCUGGAUAAUUUUACUCAACAAUAUGAGGAAAUGUUUAGUAAAAUGCCGGCCAAAGUGAAGGUUGAAAAGAAAAACCGACAAAAACCUUUGAAGAAGAAUGGUGUUUCGUCAAAAUCAUUUGUGAUAACUAAAGAGCAGAGAGGGACGAAACUAAUCCAAAUUAAAAUAUUGGAUUUGGCAGUGGAUCAGUCGUCGAGGACGGUCUCAAACGGAGCCGACGGUGAAGAAGACGACAGUACGGUGCUCAGUGCUCAAUACGUGGUGCAUGAUCCUGUGGAUGAAAUAAUGGACCUCACGGAAACCUUAGUUAAGACCAUAUCCAAAAGAUUGUGCGGUGAAUUGUAUUAGUGUUUUUUUA